AUGUCAAGUGAGGAUCCAACAACCAAAGAACUUAAUAAUUUUGUUUAAACAUUAUUAAAAUAAAUGUCAGAACGCUUUGAAGAAAUGUAAGGUACUAUAGUUUCAAGAAUUGAUGAUAUGGGUAAUUAUUAUAAAUGAUGAAUUAUAAAAGGAAAGAGAAUUGAUGAUAUUGAAAAGAGUGUUACAGAAUUAAUGAAUGAUUUAGGAUUUUCAGAUGAAGAAAAUGAUAAAUAAAGGUGA